UCUCUCAGCGCUGAUGUGUAUUGAUGAGUGCACGUUUCCUCUCCACAGCUCUGAUUAACAGAACCUUGCACACUGACUUAUGCUUCAGGAAAAUGCAUUUACGAGAAUACGACGUAGGAAAAAAAGAGAGGGCGGGGCCAGACAAAUGUUGUGUACACCUUGUGCCGGUACAGCAUACGCAGGGUUCUUCCUUGUUCACAGAGUGACUGCAAAUCAACAUGGAACAUCAUCGGCAGUAAAAAAAAAAGUACCAAACCUGUCCUUUAAACAAGGCACAUCAAUAUGAGAGAUGGAUAGUUAGUAGUAGAUAAACAUAACUCACUAAGUGUAGACGAACAUAACUCACCCUGAUAUUUUCCCCUUAGAAAUAUUAAUAUUAGACAUAGCAUGGAAGUUUACGUCCUUAUUCUCUUUCCCCUCCCCCUUGUUUAAUGUCAGCUCACAAGCGAAAUGGGUGCAUACUGUAAAUAUUCAAGUGUAAAACGUCCUAAAUCUGCUGUCUGAUAUCCAAACUAAGAAAACAGUUGUAACUCUACUGGGUUGUGUAACUGAUAACGAAAUCUCUUGCCUCUAAGAGAUUAUUAGAACGUGGAAGUGUCUCCACACUUCCACGUUCCCAGUGUUGUACACAUUGAGGAGCAUGUUUCAGUGUGCAGGACGUAACCUUUUUUUAAAGACAGAUCGAAGGGGCGUGCGCACUCGUCCGCAUUCAGAGAUAGACGUGAACGCUAACAGGUCUCCUCAGUAUCUGUAUCUGGACGGACUCCCGCGGUAUCCCUAUCGCUCUAGGUCAGACAGAUAUUAAAGUUUAUCAGCGCAUCAGCAGUCUACUCCAGGAUCAUGGACUCGCCUAGACUAAAACAGCACAACCAAAAAAAAAGAGAGAGAAAGAUACAAGGGGACGAAAAAAAAUGGACAAACGCGUUCAUGUUCAUUAUCCUGCUCUCAUGUUUUUUACGUCCCCCACCUCCACCAUCAUUUUUAGACUGUCUCCUAUUAAAAAUGUUCUCUUGUUUGUUUGUGUGUGGUUUUUGUAGUGGAGAAGGCAAACGCAGAGCCCCCCCUCCCCGAAGGCUGAAAGUGGUCCUCUCUCCCUCUGCCAACAGGCGCCUGUAGGCAAUUACAAAACGCCAGCCGCCACAACUUUAUGCCCCCCUAUCCUCCUCUUUCUCUCUUUCAUCUCUUCUUGUAUCUUUCUCCUCAUUCUUUCUCUACCCCCAUCCUUCUCUCUGUCUCUCUCUCCUCUUAGAUAUACAGUGUGUUAAUUGUGCGUAGUUUGCCACUAUGCCUAGUUUCUCCACAUAAAACAUUGUGGUUGUCAAACAUUUUCUUUUUUUUUCCCACUGAAGUGACUCCAUAUGGAUUGACCCAGGCAUUUUACAUAUGAAAUAUUAAGCUGUUUUUUUUUUUCCUUCAUCUUUCAUGUCAAAGAUACACAUUUAUACUAGGAUUGGGUUCCCUCAGGAAAGAGCUUUAGACUUUAGUACAUGAGUAUAACAUUUAUCAGUCACUAUGUGGGUUUUUUGUGCUUUGCUCAAUGUGGUGGACUCCACAUGCUGUUUUAGAAAAGAAAAGUCGGGUGUGAUUUUCCUUCCUCUCUUUAACAGUGGUCUCUUGUUUUUGUUGUUGUGUUUUACAGUUCUUUUUCCCUGGCUCUGCCAGUCCUGUUUACCAGGCCGUGCCCGAAAAUGAAACUCGAAAAAACAGCCCUACAGUUUUGUCUCCUGCAGCAAUUCUGUGUUUUUUUUCUCUAAUGUGCUUGUUUGUUGUUGUUGUUUGUGUGUGUGUUUUUUUUCUUUCUUUUUUUCUCCAAUGUGUACUUUUAAGAGUUCUUUUUCUGCCUUGUGUAAUAACCAGAAUUGUGAAAUAUCAUCCUCGGCACACAAAAGAAAAUAUUUCAGGCUUUUGUUGGGACUGAAGUGUUUAAGUUUGUUUUUUAAAUCUUUUAAAGCAUUUGCGUGUGUGUCGAUGGCACGUGUUAGCAUGCUAGCGUUCCUGUGAGACACCAGCGAAGCUGCCAACGUGAGUCGCUUGUUCAUAAAACGUCUAUAUGAAAAGUUGAAAGCACAUCACCCGGAGAAGCCACUGUGCUCGCUCACGUUUGGUUCAUGACUUAAAUAACACGCGUCCAGGUGUGAUCCCGGACGAGUCGAAAGCUCUGUCGCUGAUGGCGCCUGCCAACGCUGUCGCUGGGCUGCUACCAGGUGGAGGACUGCUCCCCACGCCCAACCCUCUUGCAUCGAUGGGAGGUGGUGUUCUGGGUGCGCUCGGUGGUCCUACCAUAUUACCUGGAGCCGGCAUGAGUCCGCAGGCUCUCUCUGCGGAUCAGCUUCUCAAGCUGAUGACCUCAGUGGAUCCAAAGAUGAACCAGAUGGCAGCGAGCAUGGGUCUAAAGGCAGACGCCUCAAACAAGGAAAUCGAGGAAGCGAUGAAGAGAGUCAGAGAGGCACAGUCCCUUAUCUCGGCUGCUAUCGAGCCUAGUAGUAAAAAAGACAGCAAGCGCAAACAUUCUCGCUCCAGAUCCAGGUCUAGAUCCAGACGCAGGAGAUCCCGCUCUCGCUCCCGACACAGGAGGUCGAGCAGCCGCUCUCGCAGACGCUCCCGUUCCCGGAGCCGCAGACGCUCUCGCAGCCCCAGGAGGAGGAGGUCCCGCUCCAGGGACCGCGGCCGACGCUCCGCCAGCAAAUCCAGGGAUAGAAAGAAAGAGGAAAAAGUCAAGAAACGCUCUAAAACGCCUCCAAAGAGCUACAGCACCGCCAGGAGAUCUAGAAGCACGAGCCGGAGACGAAAAAGGAGCGUUAGCCGAUCUCCAAGAAGAUCUCCCAAGAGAAGAGCAUCCAGGACACCGUCGCCUAGAAGACACAAGAAGGAGAAGAAGAGAGACCGUGAAAGAGAGAAGGACCGGGAGCGUGAUCGCGACAGGAGAGCUGAUCGAGAGCGCAGCCGCGACGAAACCGAACGCUCCUCCAACAAGAAGAAAAAGAGCAAAGAUAAGGAGAGGGAGCGGACGUCCGAUAGCGAGAAACGAGAUGUAAAGGUGACGCGAGACUACGACGAGGAGGAGCAGGGCUACGACAGCGAGAAGGAGCGGGGGGCCAAAGAUUCAGACGACUCCGGGUCCUCUCCCGCACGCUAUGAGGGUGACGGCGAGGGCGACAGUGCCAGCGCCAAGCACACCCCCAAACAGACCAAGCAGAACGGAGACGACCACCACGACGAACAGGACAUGGACGUGAGCGACUGAGACCCGCAUUGAGACCCAGUGGACUUUUGAUCUUUUGAGGAUUUGAUUAGUCCUCGUGGCUGUGUGUCUUCUUUAAUAUUAUUAAUAAUAACCUUCGAGUUUAAUGUUACUGGUUAAAUUUAAUCAUUGCCCCCCUCCUCGGGAUUGUUUAGACCUGAUCGAUUUAGGGUGGAAUCACACGAGAGGUAGCUUGUGUUUUUCUUUCUGGUUAGUCAUGUAUUGGCCUUUAAUAAGGACAGAUCCUUAAUUUAUCAGUGUUCAUCUCAAGUCAUUUACGUCGCUUUCUCGGUUUUGUUUUUUCCCCUUAUUAAGAGUUGUUUUUUGUUUUCUUAAUACAAUGUAAUUUUGACGGAUCUCAUUUUUGUGUUAGGGAAAGUUUUUGCCCCUCUACCCCCUUGUUUCAUUCAUGUUUUGAUACCGAUUUGAUGUGAAUGUCAUUUUAAUAGAAUGAGUUGAUGAGAAAUGUACAUGAUUAGUGCUUUAUAUAUUCCUAGGCAUCGUAUUCAGUAGGUGGCCAUGCUGGAGUUGGAAUUUUUUAUACUGUAAAUAAACUCACUCGAGUCGAA